AUGGGUUGACGGACAGGUUGAGCUCCCCGGUCAGUGGCAUCCGACCCCAGUGCGAUGGGAUGGGAAGGGAUGGAGUGGGGGAAGUGGUCGGGGGUCCCGGGCGACCCCGCAGGCGCUCCCUGAGCCGGCCGGUUCCCGACACCUCACAAUCCCCUCCUGGUUUAGCUGGGCGCUGGCUUUUCUACAAGGCAACAAUCCAGUCGCUCUCCGGUUCUGUUCUGUCCCUCGGAAUCAGACUUCGUGCAGCGGGUGGAAGGAUCUUUUCCCUGGAAAGGAAAGCAGGGAGGAGUCGGAGGCGUCCUGACUUGCUAGGCGGGACCGAGAUAUGCCUGGGAAAGUGGCGGAGGGAUGAGGGUAGGGAUAGGGGAUCAGAUAGAGAGAUUGGGACUGGCGGGAAGACAGCGCACGAAGGGGGCGGGGCGUGUGGAUAUCCUUAGGCUAUAUGAAGGGUCUAGAUCAGUGCCGGAGAAAGGAUGCCGGACCCGUUGUACCAGGGCGGUUUGCUUAUUUGUAAGGUGCUGAUGCUAGCUGGACAUUUCCUGGAACAGGUGGAGGUGACUGGAAUCCUCUGAUGAAGUUCUAACACUUUCACAUCUCUGGGGAGAGCUUCUGAAAAAGGGAGUGCUGGGGCUUCCUCUUUCCUUGGCUGUGGUUGCACUGGGGCUCGAGGUUUUGGAGCUGUGGCCCUAGACAAGCAAAGGACAAGGUCACAGCAUGGUCUGCCUGCAUGGUGGGACAUCUCAGAUGGGCACAAAUUUCAAGGAGAGGCCAGGGAAGUAACAGUGAAAUCCUUUGCCAUUGACACACGACCCAUCACCAACACAGCUUUCUGGGUACUUGUCAGAGAGAUGCAUCAGCCAGUCACCAGUCCCAAGUCACCAUCAGGAUGGGAAAAGCUUCAGAUUCUGCCUCAGAAAACUUGACCUUCCUGGAUUGACUCCCUGGGAACUGGGAAGGGAGACCGAGAAACCCGUGUGGCCUCUGUCCUCCUUGCUAGUCAGGACUUUGGAUUUAGGUGAUGUGCUUGCCAACAAAACCUUAGGGAUAGCUGGGCAUUUCAGUCAGUCCCUCUGAGUCAUGAUGGAGAAGAUGCUGCUCUGGGCACUGUUCCUUUUAUUUGGUAAUUUCUGCCUGGCAGAUCUGCCAAAGAAACCAAAAAACAUUUCCUGCGUCUUCUAUUUGCAAAAGAAUUUCACUUGUACCUGGAGACCAGAAAAAGAAGUCUAUCCUACAGUCUAUAAUGUCACUAGAAUUUAUGUAUCUGGAAGAAAAAUAGACUAUUGCACAAGUCAGAAUCGUACGUCAUGCUCUUUCUGCUACCCGAAUUUGACGUAUCCCGAUAAUUACUCCAUUCAAGUGGAAGCUAAAAAUGCUUUUGGGCAGAGCAAGUCUGAAGUAACAUAUUGGUCCUUGCAAAACAUAGUGAAAGCAGAACCACCUGAGAUUCAAACUGUGAAGCCAAUCCCAGGUGUUAAACAUAUGCUCCAAGUAGAAUGGAAAAAACCAGAGAGGUUACCUUCUUUUGGUUUAUGUGAAUGCCGCCUGAAAUACAGGCUAGUGAAUAGUACUAAAUGGGAGCCGGUGAGCCAAAGAAUGACAUAUGAAAUGCCGUACAAUCUCACUGGACUGUUGGCUCUGCGGCAAUAUGCUGUCUCCAUGCAGUGCCGGAUGGUCAGCUCGGAGUUCUGGAGCAUCUGGAGUGAAGAGAGGAUAGGGACCACCGAAGGACUAGCUCCAAAUUCGAGCUUGGAUUUUUGGAGAGUCCUUGGGCCAGCCCAACCAGACGGAAAGCGGAUAGUCCAGGUGUUGUGCAAGGAGCCAAGAGCAGAUCCAAGAAUAAGAAAAGCAAUUGAAUACGAAAUCCGGUACUUUCCGGAAAAUGAGAACUCUUCCAAAGAAACAAUCAUCACAGCUGAUCGACAGUCUGACCUCCAUUUAGGAAGUGGUGCCUACUUGGUGUCUGUUUUGUACUUUACAUCAGAUGGUGCCUCUCCAGAAGCAACCCUGAGAAUACCAGCUGUUCAUGAAAAAUCUCUCCAGUGCAUUGAGGGGAUGCAGCUGCACCACUUCCAGGACCGCUUGAUGCUGAAAUGGAACUCCUCAGCAGCAGAAGUUGACAGAUGGGUAAUUGAAUGGUACCCAGACGAGGAGAACAAAACUUUGGAGAGAUCCUGGGAAUAUAUCUCACAGACCAGGACUUGGACAGGAAGGGCAGACAAUUUUAAGCCAUUUCAGUGUUAUAACAUCUCGGUGUAUCCAGUGGAGGGAAUGGAAGUUGGAGCUCCACAUUCCGUCCAGGCUUAUUUCACAGAAGGGAUCCCAGAAGAAGGUCCACGGGCGAAAGCUCAAAAUAUCAGCUCUCAUACAGCUACAAUAAAAUGGGAAGAGAUUUCCAAAGCCCAGAGAAAAGGCUUCAUCCGCAACUAUACAGUGUUUUAUAAAUCUGAAGGAGGAAAAGAAUUUGCCCAGAUAGUCAAUUCUAGUGUCUUGCAAUGUCAACUGGAGUCCCUGGAAAGAAACACUCAGUACACCGUCACGGUUAUGGCAAACACCUUGGCCGGCGGCAAGAAUGGAACCAAUUUCAAUUUCAAGACAUUAUCCUUUAGUAUCCUCGAGAUGGUCCUUUUCAUCUCUUUCACUGGAGCUGGUCUCCUUUUUCUCGCUAUUUUGUUGAUGGUGUGCAGUCUUACCAAAGCCAAAUUGAAACGACUGGUUUGUCCAGAGAUCCCCAAUCCUGCAAAGAGCAAUGUAGUCCUGUGGCACGGUGGCAGUCUCCAGUCCAAGAUGCACCUGGGAGAGGUCCAGUUCCAAGGCAAGACAAAAGCAAUUGAUGAGAGAAUUCCCAAACCAUUCUUGUCUUCCUCUGGCGACUUGAUUGACAAGUUAGUGGUGGACUUUGAGAACUUCCUGGACAAAACAGAGGCUCAGAGAGUAGAAUUGAUGAAGAUGCCGGAAAAUGUGUCAAGUGGGGAAGAGAAGUAUGUGGAUACUCCAUAUAGUCGUUGCAAUCCCUCCGGGGAGGUUUUCCAAGCUCCUUCGUCAGCUUUGAUUUCACUUGGAGGAACACAAGAGCAAUCUUCGGGAAGACCAGAAGAGGAAGUCAAGGAUAGACUCUUCCAGAGUCCAAGUUCUAGUGAAGCUCUUGAACUGGAGCAGGAAGAAGCUGGAUUGAAUCCAUAUUUGAAAAAUUCAGUGACAACAAGGGAAUUUCUCACUUCUGAGAAGUUUUCUGAUCCAAUCUAGAAGACUGAGCUGCAGCCAUAGUUUGGAUUUGUUUACAUUUUUGUCUAUUUGUUUUGGGGGGGGAAUAAUGGGGUAGAAUGAAUCUUUGUUAAAAGGAAUGUGUUUGAAUUUUCCCAGGCCUUGUUAGCCACAGGAUCGAGUAGAGGAGUAUUUGCUUAUUUCUUUCCCAGUUCAUCUUGUUUAUGGGUUAAAAAAUGAAUUGACUUCCAAUGCUUAGGAACACAUGGUUGUAUCCUCAGUUGACAAUGACAAUUAUAGUAUAUUGGACUUGGGGAAUGUAGGAAUAUCAGGAAAUAUUUUUCUUUUCCCUCUGUUAGAGAACAACUCAUUCCUUUGAUUUCCAGGCACCAGGCUCCUCUUUGUUCUUCCUCUUUAGCUAAAAUUCACUGGAAAUAGUCAUCUAUUUUUUUUUUUUCAUCUACUAUCAGCCGCUUUGGACCGGACACCAGACUUUCCUAAUUUUCCAUCAGGAACAGUGAUGAUGAUAAUAAAAGGUCACAUUUAUAUAGAUCUUUGAGAAGUGCAAAGCACUUUAAAAUACUAUUUCAGGGGCAGCUGGGUGGCUCAGUGGAUAAAGAAUGGCCUAGAGAAGAGAAGUCUUAGGUUUAAAUCUGACCUUCCGAGCUGUGUGACCCUGGGCAAGUCACUUAACCCCAACUGCCUAGACCUUAUUGCUCUUCUGCUUUGAAGCCAAUACUUAUUAUUGAUUCUAAGAUAGAAAUUAAGGGUUUAAAUAUAUAUUAUUUCACUUGAUCCUCACAAUAAUUCUGGGAGGUAAGUAAUAUUAUUUCCCCCAUUUAACAGAUGAAAAAAGUGAUGACUUGCCCCCAAAUCACCCAGUUACUACGUGUCUGGGGCUGUUUUUCAACUCAUGUCUUCCCGACUAGGAGUAGUCCAAUGGCUGCCUUUGUGGUGAAUUGGAAGCACAGGGUCUGGCAAUUGUCAGCUGUCGUUGGUUUCCUAGCAUGUCAUUUGCUCCUCUGGCCUUCCUGAUCACGCUUUAUUGUUCAGUUGCGUCUUAUUCUUCCUGACCCCAUUGGGGGUUUUCUUGGCAGAGAUACUGGAUUGCCAUUUUCUUUUCCCAGCUCAUUGAAUGGAGGAGGAAACUGAGGCAAACAGGCUUAAGUGACUUGCCCAAAGUCACACGGCUAUGGUCUGGGGCUAGAUUUGAGCUCAGUUCUUUCCUUGUUAUUUAAGUGGGGACAAAACAGGGCAGAGACUUUCCUUUAGAGAAUCCUGACUCAGAGUCCAGGGAAACAUGGUGGCAAAGGCAUCUCAGGCCAUCUAACCAAGCAGUUUGUAACUCCUUUGGAACAUGCUGGGAAAGAGUUCCAUUCAUUCAGUACUGUUGAAUAAUCCUAACUUCCCUUGUUAGCCCCAGCAGCAAGGAGAGAUGAGCCUGCCUGGCUCUCAAUUUGUGAGAAUCUCUCCUAAAGAGCCGAUUCAGAAACCCACCGUAGGAACUGGGGACCUGCUUGAAACCUAGUACAACACUGGCCUUACUUCUGGGCUUGGAUCUAUUUUGGGGAGGAUGCUGAUUCUCUUUGGCCCUUGGCUGACCCAGGAGAAGCUCAGAAGAGGUAAGCGAGGCGCACCGAAGCAAAGCUGACUCAUGGAAGCUUCCUACUCUGCUGUCAGGGAAUGAGGAUUCACAUUUAGAAAGGCAGAUUUUUUUUUUUUCCUAGAAAAUAUCUGCAUACUUAGUUCUGGUGAAGUGUGGGUGGGAAAUACGGGAAUUUUCUCUGGAUUACAAAUGGGGUGCUUUUAAAUUUGAUGCAGAAAGGAAUGGGGAGGUGGGCAGGAUACUCUCUUCCAUGGCCUGGGGGAGGGAAAAGUUCUCUCUAAUAGCACCCAUUUUUUAAACGUUUACAAAUUGAUUUUUCUUUUAUUUUUAAAUGUUCUCAAUUUUAUUCCAGCAACACGUGUACAUAUAAUUUUUCAAUGGUUACAUGAUUUACGUUGUUUCGCUCCCCACUUCCAGAGCUGACAAGCAGUUUCACUGAGUUAUACAUAUAUUAUCACUCAAAUCUUAUUUCCUUAUUAUUUAUUUUUGUAAUAACCCCCCACAUCAUAUACCCAUAUAAAGAAGUGAUGAAUCAUGUUUUUAUUCUGCAUUUACAAAUUUUUAAAAAAACAUUUCAUUUUUUUUCUUAUUCUUAUUCAUUUUUAACUCACUUUGAUUGGAAUGUAUACAAAUACCCUAAAUACAAGCAGCUAGGUGGCCAGUAGAUAGAAUGCUGAGUCUGGAAUCAGGAUGCAAACUCAGGCACUUACUAGCUGUGGGACCUUGGACAAGUCACUUAACUUCUACAGUUUCCUCAAAAUGAGGAUAAUAAUAGCAUCUUUCUUAAUAGGGUUGUGGUGAGGAUCAAAUGAGAUUAUAUAUAUAUAUAUGUUCUUAUUUCAGUGUUUUAUAUAAAAUAGGUUCUUUUUUACAUUUAAAAAUUUUUAAAUAUUUUUCUAUGUUUACAUAUUUCAUUUUCUUUCCCUUCCCUUUUCCCUUGCCUCUCCCAGAUCCAAUAAGCACUUCCACUGAGUUAUAUGUCACUUCAUAUCUUAAUAAAUGCCUCUUUCCUUCCCUUCUCAAGGAUUCACAUUCUUCAUUUGUCCUCCCUUCUCUCUCUUUCCUCUUAUCUUCUUUGUCUUCUUCCUCCCAAGAAUCCUUUUUGUCUUAUUUAUAGGAUUAACUUACUUUCUAAAACAAUAACAACAACAAAAAAAACCAGUUUGAUAGGACAUUCAAGGCUCUACAUUUGCCCUGGAUUAGGGUCCAAAACAGCUUUUUUGGAGUGACUGUUUUCUUCCUAUAAGAAGGCCUUGUGUUCUAAGCUUUAGAAUUCUCAGAACUCCCCAAAAUGCAGCUCUUCCAAGGGGCAGCCUGGGCUAAUGAGUCGGAAGACCCAUAGAGUUGUCUGCCCCAAGGCUGACGCUGACCUCAUGGCCACAAAUGGUCAGCUAGGUCUUAAGGCUCCACUGUGUGUCAUCUCUGUUUAUUUUUAUGUAUUUGUUUUCAUAAGAGAGAUUAGGAAGACACAAAACAGGAAGACUCUCGAUCCAAUAAGGACUUUUGAAAUGUAAACUUUAACAGAAUUCUGGCCAAGGGACGAGAAUCUGAGAUAAAUUCGGACAUCCAGGGUAAUGUAAACGACUAGGCAGUUCCUACCCUUUUCAGUGUCACAGAGCCCUUCUGCAAUUGGGUCAAGCCCACGGGCUUCUUCCCAGCAUCCCACUUUUAAAUAAUGGAAAGAAAUACCAAAGUUUGAUUAGAGAUGAGUCAAAAAUAAAAAUGUAAUUGUUUUUUUCUAUCCAAGCAUGUGAGUCCUCUGAAACCUAUCUGUGGAUCCAUUAGAGAUCCACAGAGGCCAAAAAAGGACAUCCAUGUUGUAGCACUACUAGACAGAAGAAUUGCAAAGCACAAGUGAAGGAAGAGCAGGGUUUUGGACCAACGAUUUCAUUGGCAUAGAAAGUUUCUGGGGUGGAGGAACUGUAGUCCGGCACCUUGUUUUACAAUUUAUAACUUUAGAGAGUUAGUUAGAGCCCAGAGAGAGGAAGCCACUGGCCCAAGGUACAAAUCAGAAUAUUCAGAGGCACACUGGAAUCCAGGUCUACUUGGCUAAGGUCAACUGGCCCAACUUUCCCAAUGCCAUGCUAUGUGUAGUAAAGAAGGGAAAUCCUUACUGUUGCUUUCUUCUGGAAACAGCACUGGAUAGGUAGCAAAGGCAGGAAUGCAGAUUUUUGAAAGGUAGGACCUUAGGAGAUAGGGCAAAGAAGGAGAGAUUGUGGCCAAAAGGACACUAAUAUCUUAGGAUUUAGAGCUGGAAAGAGAUCAUCUAGUUCAACUACAUCACUUUCCAGAGGAGAAAAAGGUCCACAUUGGGAAAGUGACUUGCCCAAAGUCAGAUAGGUAGCAGAACCAGAAUUGGAGUCAACGUCUUCUGAUUCCAUAUUCAAAGCUCCUUCUAAUACACCAAACUGGUUUGUACAUCUAAUCACCAUCAACUGCUCCUCUCCUGUCUGCUAGAAUGUAUAUGGAAAUAAGCAAUCUUUUGUUGUGUUCCAUCUUAGGAAUCCUGUUUUCUCUUCCUUAGAUGGUCCCAAGUCAUUUCUGUUACUGCUGCUCAGAUAUAGACACACACACAAACAUACACUAUAUAUACACAUAUUUAUAUAUGGUAAAUAUACAUGUUUAUAUGUAUAUAUGCUAUAUGAUCCAUUAUCUAUCUAUCUAUCUAUCUAUCUAUCUAUCUAUCUAUCUAUCUAUCUAUCUAUUCACCCAUCCAUCCAUCCAUCCAUCCAUCCAUCCAUCCAUCUACCUGUCUGUCCAUCUGUCUAUCUAUCUAUCUAUCUAUCUAUCUAUCUAUCUAUCUAUCUAUCUAUCUAUCUAUCUAUUCACCCAUCCAUCCAUCCAUCCAUCCAUCCAUCCAUCCAUCCAUCUACCUGUCUGUCCAUCUGUCUAUCUAUCUAUCUAUCUAUCUAUCUAUCAUCUAUCUAUCUAUCAUCUAUCCAUCUACCCAUCCAUCCAUCCAUCCAUCCUUCCAUCUACCUGUCUGUCCAUCUAUCUGUCUGUCUAUCUAUCUAUCUAUCUAUCUAUCUAUCUAUCUAUCUAUCUAUCUAUCUUUCUAUCUAUCUAUCUAUCUCCAGAUAACCAGCAUUCAUGGCACCCAAGAUGGGACUCUACUUACAUGAGCACAUCUUGGUGUUUUACAGAAUGCAGGUAUCAGAGAUCUUCUCUGGAUGAAAGUAUCCCAAGUCCCAAAUUAAAUUGAAUUUUUUGAUGAGGUUGUUUUUUUCUCCUUUUUCCUGACUCUGAAGAAGGAGUUUAAGUUGGGUUUGAGCUUCCACUCGGAAGUGAUCUUGACAUCUGGAGGUGCAAAAUCUUUGGCUUUUCUAGGAGCUAAGGCUUUUGAAUGACCAAAGUACAAGAGGCCAAGAGAUGCAAUGGAAUUAGACUCGAACCGUUAAUGAACUUGAUCAUUUUGGCAUUUAAAAUACAUUUAUUGUAGAUUAUUUAUUUAGUUAUUUAGAAGCUGAUGUAAAUAAUUUUCAAUAAUUAACUCAUAAACAUAUGUAUUAUUUAUCAGUAUAAGGAGCAACUAAUUGACAAACAUUUAUCAAAUUUUCAUUCACCAUGUGCCAGAGAGUGUUGUAAGUGUUGGGGAUACACAAAAAUAGUCUUUGCUCUCAAAGAACUCAUAGUCUAAUGGGGAAGGUAGUUAUUAUACAUAUUUACAUAUAAUUAUUUGUCUCUACAUCUAAUAAAUGCAUUGCAUAUGUAUACAUGUGUCCUCAUCUGUAUGUAUGUAUAUACACACAUAUAUAAAAAGCGAAAUACAAAAUACAUGUCAAGUAUGGUAUCCUUAGGAGGCUAGACUCUAACUACAAAGAGGAAGAAGAAAAGCCUCCAGGGAAGUCAGGGAGGAGGGACAAAGACUCAAAAGGGAGAAAUGGAAUAUUGUAUGUGUGAGGAAUAGAAAGUAGGCCACUGUGGUUGAAUUAUAGACUGAAUAGAAGAGGGCAAAGCAUCAGGAAGCCUGGAAAGAGAGGGAGGCAGGGACUAAGCUAUAAAGAGCUUUAAAUACUAAACAAAGGACUUGGUUUCCCCUGGAGAUAAUAAGGAGCCCUUUUUGAAUAGAUAGGUGACCUAUUAGACCUAUACUUUAGGAAAAUCACUUCAGCAGCCAUGCAGAGGUUAGAUUAGAGGAGGGGAAAGACAUAAGGCAGGGAAACCAAUUAGGAAGCCGUGGCAAUAAUCUAGGCGAAAAAUAAGGACCCGAACUCUUGUGCCAGCCUUGGGAAUAGAGAGAAAGGAUGGAAAGGAGACAGGUGUUGUGGAGAGUAGAAGAGAUGCCAAGAUUCGGAAACUGAUUGGCUCUGUGGGACGAGGGAAGGGAGGACUUGAGGAUAAUGCUGAAGUGAUGAACAUGGGUGACCGGAAAGAUGUAAUGUCUUCCACAGCAAUUUGGGUAGAGGUGUGGUUUGUGGGGAAAGAGUGAAUUUAGUGAGUCUGUGCAAUACUGAUGAGACUUCCAGCUAGAAAUGUUCAUUAGACCAUUGGUGAUAUAGUCCUGGGACUCAGGAAAAAAGACAAGGGAUCUGAUGGAUACGUAUAUCUCAAAAUCAUUUCCAGAGAAAUGAUAACUGAGCCAUGGAAGCUAAUGGGCUCUCCAAGUGACAGAGUAGGCAGAGAAAAAAAGGUUCCCAGAACAGAGAAAUAUCUGAUCAGUGGAGAAGCAAUCUGGCAUUGUAGAAAGAGUCCUGGACUAGGAGUGAUGCUAUUUGGGCUUUACAUCUGGUUCUGCCCAGCUCAUUAUAUGUGUCCUUGGCAGUGGAAUGCCAAAGCCAGCUCAUACCACCUUUUGAGAGCUGAUUUUUAAAUCUGAAUUUGGAAAUCAGCAAAUGCUACAGAGGAGGGUUUGAUUGAUUGUUUUCUUGAUUGCCUAGACAAGAAAGUGAUGGAGAAAUUGUUAAUAAGGCAGAUUAAACUUAAAAAGUGUGCUGUGAUCACAUUCCCCAUUUCCCCAGAGAGAUGGGUGUUAAACAUUUACCAGCACUCUGUUAGACUUUGGACAAGUCACUUCACUACUCUGUGCCUCAGUUUAUCCAUCUGUAAAGUUGAGGUGAUCCCUGCUCACAAGAAGCUUACAUUUCUAAGUUCCAUUCCCCAACAUUUACUGAUUCCAAGUCAGUUUAUUUUAGGUCAAGUGCUAUUAAAGAGAAUCAGCUCUCCUAGUCGGUAUUUUGUGUUUAUCAGAAUGUUGCUAAGGUCUUUGAUUUACGUUGGAAAUCAUAGAGACACUCCCUUGAGUUGAAGUUUUAAGUUUAGGCUGAGGACCAAGUAUGCACUGAAUGAGACUCCUGCUUUCCACACCAUAAAUUCUUUGUGGCAGAGGUCCAGGUCACAGAAGGGGAAGCGGGGAAGGAGGGGACUGCCGGUAAGUAGAACUAAAAUGAACUAGGUAGAGAUCACCAAAGGAAGAUUGCCAUUCAGGGAGAGCAGAUGAGUAUUUGGGGCCAUGGCUUGCUACAGGUGCACAGUCAUGGAGUCAUGGCACCUUUGUUCGGGCUUCCUCCUGGAAAUCUUUUGGGAUGGAGCCUUACAACUUGGAUUUGAUGUAUUAACCACAAUGACUAGAGUUAGAAUCACUGCCUACAUUAGUAAAAUAGAGGCUUAAACAUUCUACUCAGAAUCCUCUUUGUAAGCCUAAUGUUCACACUCUAUCAAGUAUGCUCCUAAAUGUUAUUGUAAUGGAAGUGAUUAUGAAGGCAUUUAUUUAGCCUUGGUUUUAUGGCUUCCUUAAUAUAAUAAAAUGAUUAUAGAAUGAAUAUGACUGUAUCUUUUUAUUAUUCCUCCCACACUUGGAUGUUCAAAGUGAUGCUAAAGAAGUUGAGUAUCUAACUCCUUUAAUGAGUCGUGGGGAAUCCUAGGAUGGUAGAACAUGAAAAUUGGAAGGGUC